AAACUUUCAAUUGAUUCUAAUUUACUUUUUGAAAAAUGGUUUCUAAGCUAGCCUUGCUCGUCCAAGGCCUCUUGGUCACGGUUGUUUUAAUCUCUUCCAUGGGAGAAGCUAGACACUUGAUUGAGGUUGCUGCAAAGCAAAAUGAGGUCGAUAGUGCCAAAAGUAAAGCAAGUACUGAUACCUUCAUCAUACCUGGUAUUCCAGGUAUACCUACAUGGCCCGGUAUUCCAGGCAUACCUGGUGUUCCUACCAUACCUGGUAUUCCAAGUAUACCCGGGAUUCCUACAAUGCCUGGUAUUCCAGGUAUACCAACAUGGCCUGGUAUUCCAAGUAUACCUACAUGGCCUGGUAUUCCUGGCAUACCCGGAUGGCCAGGUACUCCAGUAACUCCUGUAGCCCCCGUGACUCCAAUAACUCCGGUAACUCCAGUAACUCCCAUAGCCCCUGGAACACCGAGUCCACCACCUCUUUAAAUCCUCCCAAUUCUCUCAUUCACUUAGCCACAUGGUCAAACAACCACGAGUAAUUAAAGUUAAAUAAUAAUGUUGAUUGUAUC